AUGGCUCGGGAGGAGAGCGCCGUCCCGGGAGGCUUCCAGGUGGUGCGCUGGGAAUGGCACACGGUGCAGACCCCCUACCUGGUGGCCGUGUGGAUCCUGGUGGCCAGUCUGGCAAAAAUCGUGUUCCAUCUAUCCAGAAAGGUGACCACCGUGGUGCCAGAAAGCUGCCUCCUGAUUAUCCUGGGCCUGGCCCUUGGCGGAAUAGUCCUGGCCAUCGCGCAAAGAGCCGAGUUCCAGCUGGAACCCGGCAUGUUCUUCCUGUUCCUUCUGCCUCCUAUCGUCUUGGACUCUGGCUACUUCAUGCCCAGCAGACUCUUCUUCGACAACGUUGGUGCGAUUCUCAUGUACGCUGUGGUGGGCACCAUCUGGAACUCUUUUGCGACUGGAGUGGCCCUAUGGGGGGUCAGUUUGUUGGGUCUUAUGGACCAGAAAGUGGAAGCCGGUUUGAUGGAUUUCCUGCUCUUCGGCAGCCUCAUUUCGGCUGUGGAUCCCGUGGCGGUGUUGGCUGUGUUUGAAGAGGUUCACGUAAACGAGACGUUGUUCAUCAUCGUGUUUGGAGAGUCUCUGCUGAAUGAUGCCGUCACUGUGGUUCUGUAUAAGGUAUUUAACUCUUUCGUGGAAAUGGGCCCAAAGAACGUGCGAGUCACGGACUACCUGAAAGGAGUUGGGUCCUUCUUCGUGGUGAGUCUUGGAGGAACGGCUAUCGGUCUGGUAUCUGCUUUCCUUCUCGCCCUAAUCACCAGGUUCACUAAGCGUGUUCGGAUCAUAGAGCCGCUGUUCGUCUUCCUAAUUGUGUACCUGGCCCACCUCACGGCUGAGAUGGUCUCUCUCUCCUCGAUAUUGGCAGUGACGUUUUGCGGCUUGUGCUGUAAGAAGUAUGUUGAAGCGAACAUCUCGAACAAAUCCCGCACCACGGUGAAGUACACGAUGAAGACGUUGGCCAGCAGCUCGGAGACCAUUAUCUUUAUUUUCCUGGGCAUUUCCGCGGUGGACACCUCGAAGUGGAUGUGGGACACGGCGCUGGUGCUGUCCACGCUCUUCUUUAUCUUGGCUUUCAGAGCUGUCGGGGUCGUCCUGCAGACUUGUGUUUUAAAUCGCUUUCGGCUCCUUCCCCUGGACAGAAUAGACCAGGUCGUCAUGUCUUACGGCGGCCUCCGUGGAGCAGUGGCUUUCGCGCUGGUUAUCCUGCUGGACGGCUCCAAAGUCAAGGCCAAGGACUACUUUGUAGCCACGACCAUCGUGGUGGUGUUUUUCACAGUGAUGUUUCAGGGUCUAACCAUCAAACCUCUGGUGAAGUGGCUGAAGGUGAAGAGACGAGACCACCACAAACCAACGCUUAACGAGGAGCUGCACGAGCAUGCUUUUGACCACAUCAUGGCUGCUGUAGAAGAUGUAGUCGGGCACCACGGAUAUCAUUACUGGAGAGAUAAGUGGGAACACUUUGAUAAGAAGUACCUGAGCCAGUGGUUAAUGAGGAAAUCUGCCUAUCGGAUCAAGGACGAGAUUUGGGAGGUUUGCUACAAGCUGAACAUCCGCGACGCUCUCAGCCUGGCCGAUCAGGGAGGUCACAUCAUUUCCCCAGACAGACUGUCUCUGCCUUCCAUGCCCAGCAGAGCGUCAAUGUCAGAGACCUCCGUGACCAACCUUCUGAGAGAAAGUGGAAGCAAAGCGUGCCUGGAUCUCCAAGCCAUCGACACGGUGCGCAGCGGAAGGGACAGAGAGGACACGGUCAUGCAUCAUGUGCUGAGCGGCAGUCUCUAUAAACCUCGCCGGAGGUGCAAAGCGAGUUACAGUCGCCACUUCAUGACCCCAGACGAGCAGAGCCGGCAGGAGAAGGAGGUCUUCCAACAGAACAUGAAGCGCCGCCUGGAGUCCUUUAAAUCCACCAAACACAACACCUGCUCGUCCAAGUCACGCGCAAAGAAGGAAGGCCGCAAAAAGAGAAGAAGCAGCCUAGAAAACGAGUUUCGAAACGGAAGACAGAAUAAAGUUGUGAGCUGGCAGAACACGGCUUCUAUUGUCGUGACUGCGGACUCUGAGGCUGAGAGUUCGGACGUAGAGAUUGGAGAUGAUGAGGGUAUAACCUUUGUGGCUCGAGCAACAGAUGAGAUUCUCCAGGGUGUUAAAGUCUCAGGCAUGUUGGGGGUCUGUCAGAGCCCCCGUUUUGUGCCGCCAUCCCCUACGUUAGCCGAGAAAGUGCUGCCCUGGAAAAGUAAUUUGGAUGAAAACACAGUCUGCAUCUCGUUGGAGACGACCAAAAUAGUCCCCGUGGACCUGCAAAGAUCCUGGAAGCAGAGCAUCUCAUCCCUAGAGAGCGUUGGUUCUCCUCCGGCCCCGGACCUUCACCCUGACGGAGCCAGGCUCCAGAGGCAGGAUGGCCGAAGCCCCCCGGUCCUCCAGACGCUGCCGGAGACGUGUAGCUGUUUCCCUUUUAGCGGCGUCCAAGAGCGAAGUCUUCUGGGCCCCGGCCCGCUCCAGCUGCAGGAACUCCAGCCUUUGAUGCCACGAGCAGAAGCGACCAGGAGUCCAUUGUCAGCCAGAAACACCCACAGCAAGAGGCUGCUGCAGCUGCACCGGCCCUCCAAAAUCUGA